AUGACGAGGAGAAAGUCGGCACUGCUGGCUCUUCGAGAUGCUCAAGCGGUAGCAGAGAUUGUAGAUAAUGAACCGGAUAAGAAGGGAGCAGAAACAUUGAGUGGAUUGGCUGGUAAUGUAGUGAUGAAUCCGUGGCUAGCGGAGGAUUUAUAUGAGCAAGUGCAAACGCUACCGACGGUGUUCGAAGAACUCUUGGAGGAGAUGUGCACCUUGCACGUUCAGGCGAGAGAGAUCGUACAGAAUGAGGAGGACGACGGUGACCAGGAAGUCAAAGCGACGCAAUUGAGACCCGUCGAUUACCUUCAGAUGAUAAGUCAUGAGCUGGCAACGUUUGAAGCCGAGUAUCAGCACAUUGAAGCGCUGCUGCGACUCAUUUCGUUCGAGACUUCUACUGACGAGCUGCGCACUCUCGUCAUCUCGUGGAGUACAUCACCUUUCCUGGAUCCAGAUCAGACCCGCAGAUUUUACCAGCGUCACUUGAUCUCGAGUCAACAACGUACGUAG